AUGAUGGCGUUGCUGCCGGAAUUCGAUCCAGCGGACGUGGGCGCCGGCCGCGGCCUCAUCGACCGCCUCACCGCCGACGCCGCGGCGCUGCAGAGGGACGUCCUCACGGAGAUACUCAGGCGGAACUCCCACACCGAGUACCUCCGCCGCUUCCUGGAUCGCGCACCACCAGGCGCCUCGGCCGCCGACCUCCGCGAGGCCUUCAAGGAGCGCGUGCCCGUCGCCGGGUAUGAGGACAUCAAGCCGUACGUGCGCCGCAUCGCCUCCGGCGAGCCGUCCAGCAUCCUCUGCUCCGAGCCCAUCACCCACCUCCUCACAAGCUCGGGCACAUCCGGCGGGCAGCUGAAGCUCUUCCCGUCCACCGCGGAGAAGCUCGACCAGCGGCUGUUCUACAAUGGCGUCCAGGCACUCUUGAGGAAGAUGCAUCUUCAUCCUGAUCAGGGGGACAGACGCGGCAAGGGCAUGUACCUCAUGUUCAUCUUCCCUGGAAGCCUGACCUCGUCCGGCCUGCCUAUCAUGGCAUCCAGCAGUGCCUACUACCACAGCAGCCAGUUCCGGGAGCACGACAUUGGUGGGUUCGGCAGGUGCACCAGUCCCAUCGAGGCGGUCCUCUGCCCAGAUGGCAGGCAGAGCAUGUACUGCCAGCUGCUCUGCGGCCUGCUUGACCGCGGAGUCGUCGACCAUGUCGGCGGCACCUUUGCUAACGCUUUCAUCAGAGGCAUCCAGUUCCUGGAAGACAACUGGGAGGAGAUGUGCUCCAACAUCCGCACUGGGCGUCUCAGCGACUGGAUAACGCAUGCUCCUCUGCGUGAUGCCGUCGCUGCGUGUCACCUGCGAGGACCUGACCCGGCACUGGCCGACGAGAUCGCAGCCGAGUGUGCCAGGAAGCCCUGGGAUGGGAUAGUCAGGAGGCUCUGGCCAGGAGCACGGUACAUCCUCGCCAUUGUCACCGGUUCGAUGUCACAGUACAUUCCAGUUCUUGAGAGUUAUGGUGCUGGGCUGCCAUUGGUGUCGCCCAUGUACGUGUGUACAGAGUGCGCCGCGGGGAUCAAUCUGAACCCUCUUGAUCUACCUUCUGCUGUGUCGUACGCAUUGCUUCCAAACAUUGCCUACUUCGAGUUUGCAGAGGUCACGCAUGGUGACGAUGAAAAGGUGCAAGCGAGUACUGGUUUGUAUGACAAUUUGGACGAGUUGAAGCUUGUGGAUCUUGUGGAUGUCAAAAUUGGUCGGCGCUACGAGCUGGUUGUCACCACCUUUGCAGGUCUUUACAGAUACCGAGUGGGUGACCUUCUUACUGUGUGCGGAUUCUACAACGCAACGCCACUGUUCCGCUUCACUGGACGGUGUGGUGUCAUCUUAAAAAUAGACUACGAGAGUAUAAGCGAGGAGGAUCUCCUGAAGGCCAUUUCACAAGCAUACGAGCUGCAUCUUAGGCCCCUUGGUUACAUGCUUGGUGGCAGCACUGCAUAUGCAGACAUAUCCACCUUGCCGGGCCACUACGUCCUGUUCUGGGAGCUAGUCAGUGGAGAGGGUAACCAUGUCACGACUGAUAUCGAUCGAGCUGUCAUGGAGAAUUGCUGUUUGGCCGUGGAGGAAUGCUUUGAUCAGAUGUACCGUGAAAGCAGGCGCCGAGGGUCGAUCACAGCACUCGAGAUAAGGGUACUUGAGCGUGGCGCAUUUGAUGCUCUCAUGGACUUGUUUCUGUCCAGAGGCACAUCGGCCAGUCAGUACAAGACUCCAACGGCUAUUCGAUCAGAAGAAGCGCUGCUGGUGUUGGAGGAGAGGGUGUCAGGAAGGUACUUUAGCCAAUAG